AUGUCCCAAGCCGACAUGGACCAGCUCGCCAGCUGGCGCACACUCGGUGCGCGGAACUCGCAGCAGGUCGUGAAUCUCGCGCCCAAAGUUCUCGCCUCAGGCGGGCUAGGCGACGCCGAAUGGAGUGUACGAGAACAGCUCGCCAUCGCAGCCCUCGACCUCGGCCAGGUCGAGCUGGCGAACACACAAAUCCGCGCGCUCGAAGCGCGCUUCCCCAAGUCGCCGCGCGUCGACAUCCUCCUCGGCCUCAAGCUCGAGGCGCUCGGCGACCUGUCCCGUGCCGCGGGCGUGUACAAGCAGCUGCUGCAGAAAGACGAGACGAACGUGGCGGCGCUGCAGCGCUUCAUCGUGCUCGCGUCUACGCGGGAGGAGAUCAUCACGCGCCUGCUCAAGUACCUCGACACGUUUUACGCGGAUCCGCAGGCAUGGAGCCUGCUGGCGGAGAUGUAUGCGGACGCGGGCGCGUAUGCGCAGAGCCUCACGGCGUUGGGGCAUCUCAUGGUCCUCCAGACGUGGGAUAGCAUGGCGGUCGUGCGCGCCGCAGAGACCGCGUAUACCAUGGGCGACUACCAGCUCGCGCUCAAGUACUAUCUUCGCGCGGCGGAGAUGGAGACGCCCCCCGCCGGCAAGGCGGAGGGACAUCGCUCGCGCGCGUGGUGGGGCGUCAAGAUGGCGAGCCGCCGCUUGCUCGAGUCCACGGCUAAGCGCGUCGAUACUGCCGUGCCAGAUCGUUCGACGAGCAGCCGCGAGCAGCUGGAGAAACUCGAUGCGCUGGCGACGGAGCAGAUUCUUGCCGUCGGCGGCGCGGGGAUGGAGGUGCGUCGUGCCGUUCUGGCCGGGUAG